UAUUGUUCCAACAAUCGCUGUGCCCUACUUAGCAGUUCAGCUGUGCCCUAUUUAGCAGAAGCAGGGCUGAGGGUAUGAAGACGUAACAAAGGAAACCUGUUUUGGUGGGACUGUCAACAAGAGCAUCCCAUACAAAGCAACUAUGGAGAAGAAAGGUAUGUAUUUAGAGGAGAGGCACAUAUGUCUGCUCACCUUAAGAUGUGGGGCUGUUUGUCCAUGAUGUUCUAUCCAUGUGGUGGUCUGCCUUUAUUGGUGCUGCAAUAGCGUAUCCUCUCAAAGAAGCUCCUGUCACAUAAUGAUACACCAGGUGUGAAUUAACUUUGAAAUUAACGUUGAAAUGUCCAUGAAUUCUAACUUUGGUGAAUAACCCUGCCUAAAAGAUCUUCCUAUGCUUCGCUAAUCCUUACAUGCUUUAAAGAAUGUCUUUUUUCUCUCUCAAAAAGCGCAGAUUUCAAUAGGGAUUAACACUUUUAUAAAUUAACCUGGUUACACCCCCAGGCUGUGCAUCAUAUAGCUGGUUCUGUGACUUCCUGGUUUGUUCAGCACAGUGGAGCUUAUCUCAAUAGAAAAUUGUUCAGAGCACCUGUUUUGCAAACACUUCUCAUUAAACUGCAUUGGGAAGUCUGUGAUUGGAGAGCUAUAAAAAGUCUAGGCAGUGUUAGAAGUGGAGGGCUUGCAAACGCUUUAGACAAGAUAUUUGCAGUUUUUGCCACUUGUAUUCUAGAUAUAAUUACAAUGAAAAAAAUACAAAGUUAAAUGCAUGCAAGCUAUCAUUGAGGGUAUAUAUCCUAUAUUUAAAAAAAUGAAAAGAAAUAAACAUUUUACAAUUGGAGUGUUCCUUUAUCCUGAUUAUCCAACUUUUCACAAGACUUUUAAAUGUUUUCCUAUUCUGAAAUACUUUAGAAUAAAGCCUACUGCUAGCCGUCAUGCAUUCACCUGAGUGCACAGCUGCAGGUCUCUAGUGUGUAAUUUUCAUAGACCAUGUAAGAACUUCUGUAUUUCUUCUUUUAACUUUCCAUUUGGCCCACAUCCUUGAUGACAACAAAAGUGGUCAUGAGCUUUUCAUCUGGUUCUUGAAUAGACUUUGAUUAAACCUAUAACCAUAGUGUCAUACAGUUUGCUGUAAGCAUUGAGCUCCCCUAUGUAUCAUGAUAUGGGGUAUUUAUAAACAAAGCACCAAGUUCUAAAUGUAGAACACUCAGCGCAAACAUUCCAUUUGUUUCUAUGGUGAUUUGUCCAUUUUUAGAACCUCGACCCAUAAUUGUCCAUAUAUAUAAAACGGAGUUGUGCAAUUAAGUGUUGCCAUAAACUGGUUGCUACAGAGGUCUGCCGUUGUGUCAUUAAGUAAAUAAGAUUGGAAUAAAAAAAGCAAGCAUUUCAAAUUAGUAUGUAAAUUAUAUAUAAAAAAAUAAUUGUAAAGAUAGACUACGCUGCACAAAGUCAAUGAUUGUAUUAAAUAUUGAUUCAACCUGCAGAGACUAUGUGCAAUGCACGUUUUUUUAUUUUCAUAAAUUUAUAGAAGUCCAUGAAUGAUCUGGACAGUGGGAUGAAUUGCAUUCCUUCUGGUACUUUUUCAUUUUUACAUUUCGUUUGAGUUCAAUAUGGUCAACGUUUGGGGCAAAGCACACUUCAGUCUUGUUAUUUAAUAAAGCAGUGGCAUAACUAAAAACACAUGUGACCUGUCACACUACAAUGCUCAGUGAGAUACUUUGUUCUUCUCAGUAUUGUUGCACAUUUGCUCUCCACCUGUUUCUAAGUGUCUAAGUUUUUGUAGUGCAAAGUGCUACAGAUGCAUUUUUAGAAUUGUGCUAGAACAACUCUUUUCUCAACAACCCACAGAAUAUUGAGCAACAAUGAAGCAAUUAAUAGUUAACAUCCAUAGCACAAAAAAACCCCUUCUAAUAUAUUUCAAGCACCAAUUAGAUAAAAUGGUCUCUUAUUAGGUUUGCAUUUGAUAGAUCCCAGCAUAUUCUUUCUAAAUAGAAAUAAAAAACAUUUUGUUAAUUAGUAAUUGUCUAAAAAUCACAAACUAUUAAGAUCUUAUUAUGCAAUUCUAACACUUUAAAUGUAUUUCUUGUAAUCUCUUUCAUAUACAUUUGGUCAUUAUGUAUAAAGCUCUUUUCUGGGGUAAAUUUCUAAAACGAGAGACAUGGCAGAUGCAUUCCUUUAGAUUUUACGGUGAUUGCUCUACUUUGUGCCAAAAAUAUAUUUUUUCGUAAUUUUCCACGGUUUUAUACAGCAACAACCAAUCCAGUCUGGGUGCAUCUGUUGUAUUGAUAUUGUUUUUAAUUUCAUUUAUUUAUUGGUAGUUAUUAUUUAUGUGAAAAUAUGUGGUUUAUUGCUCUGGUUCUAUUUUUAUCCAUCCGCCCAUCCAUCCAUCCAUCCAAGUCAUCUCUUCUAACCCUUCUGGUUAAUUUAUAAAGGGAAUAAAAUUCUUUCUUUCUUGGGCAUACAGCAUAUCGAGGAUGUUGUGUGGAUCACUUAGCAACUUUCCCACGUCCCUUGUAGUGUGACAAAAGGCUUUCCUCCCCCCUCCCAUCUCCUCCUGCCAUGCACCAGUAUUCUAAGGCUGAUCUUUCAGACAGAUGCUAAGAGCAACACACCCCUCCCUGAGCCAGCAUUGUCUGAAAGGGUGUACACCCAAGUGGAUCUCUGUUAACCAAUCCAGUGCAGGCCCAGACACAACUAUCAGCUGCUAUUGGACAGGAGGAAAGGAUAUUGAGCCAUCUAUCACAGUGUGAGCACAGCCAAAGCUCAUGCAUUCACAGACUUCCCUUUUAUUGAUGAGAAAAGGGGGGAGAUUCUAUUGAAUGUACACUGGAGGAGACGAGCACCCUAGAAGGAUUCACUGACACACACAGAGACCCUUCACCAAACCGAUAAGGCAGGGGGACAGGGUGAGUAUAUUAUGCAUUGUGCAUACACCAAAUCAUGAGACUUCCUUUUUUGGUUGCAUCGUUGUUUCUCGUUGUUGAUUAUUUUUGUCUUUUUCCUAUGCAUCCAGUGUCUCUGAAAAUGGGCAAGAUGUCUAAAUAAAGACAAAACUAUCACAGCAGGCAUUUCCUGCGCAGGUUAAAGGUUGGACAAUUUAACCUUUUUUGCAAUGUAUAUUCUUGCCUCUUUGGUAACCACAGAGUUAAAUACAAUUUCCUGGCAUGCACUAUCGUAUAUUUUUGCACAAAAAAAUGUCAGUUUAACUUCCAAGAGGUUUUACUGGCAGAAGAACUGCUAUUUGAUUUUCAAAUUCAUAACUAAAUAUGUUCUGCAUACCAAUUGCAGAUGAGGCUCGCAUGUACGCACAAGUGGUAUCACUUGAAGGAACCCCUCCUGAAUUCAGGCUCUCUAUUCUGGAGUCUACAUAUCCAGAAAGAGUUUAUUAAAUUAAAUAUAUAUGAUAUUAUAAUGCAGGAUAGAGUAAGUCUUGCAUCUUAGGGAUAAGGACAAGGAGUAAUAAAAUAAUAGGAAUAACAAUGCUCAAACAACUUCCAAACACUUAAAGUAUUUUUAAAAGAAAGUAAAAGGAUACAGCAAGAGGUCUGAUCGUAAAUUAAAAAUUUUUAGUCCAAACUAAGAAAUAUAUUUUUUUUUGCGGAAAAGGUGGUAGGUGCAAGGUAUGUACUUACAGAGGAAGAGUAAAGGACCCGUGUCUUAUGUACAUCCAACAAUAACUAGUUUAGACAUGUUUUCAUUUGGACACUAAACCAAUAUUUCGAUUAUGGGGAAAUUAAAUGGAACAGUUGACUUCUCAGUGUAUAUGUGUACGUAUAAAUGUAUGGAUUUCGAUGUAUGUAUUGGUGUGUGCUUACAUGUUGACCACACAAAGCAAAGCAAUGGGUAUUUGUACAAAAAGUUUGCAAGAGAUUUAUCAGUGUCAUAAUUUGAAGAGUGGUGCAGACUGUAACAAUAGCAUAUUCACCAGUGAAAUGCACCUAAUGACUUCCAUGCUGAUUGACCCACCGUUACAAAUUGGAGACACUUUUCAGAUCACUUAACUUAAUCCCUAUUUAUAUAUAAGAUCCUGUAACAAAGUUAAAUUGAGAAUUAUUAUUGCUAAAACAAAAGUUCCAACCACAGCUGCCAUGAAAUACUGAUGUGUAGACACAUGCACCAUCAUGGAAAUGUAAUUGUGUUCUUCGGUUAGAAUCUGGUCCAUUGGUCCAGCAGGUGCAAUGCAUUGGUGCAAUGAUUGACAUGUGCUGUAAACUGUUUUGUGUAAGUAGGAUCCUGCAAGUUGAAUGCAGUACUAAGUGGAUCUUGUAAUGUCCUAGAAAUAGCAUACUCUGUAUUGUAUUACAUUACUUCUCUUGGCCUGCAUCUUUUGCCCUGUCUAUUUUAUUGCUGCCCUCCCCCCAAAUUAGACAACAUUCUAUACAGCAUAACAUCUCUCUAUAUAUUUUUGAUCAUUGAUGUUGGCACAACAAUAAUACAAAUCUGGAACCCUUAAUGUCAAAUUCCCUCCUUGGAUCUGAGGAUAUAAUUCUGAGUAGGAAAUCUCCAUAGAAGCAAUAUAAACUCUCGACCCUUGGACACCCUAUCCAUGAAAGCACAGCAAUCUAACGAAGUUGGAUUACCUUCAGAGGCAAAUUCUUUAUUUCUAUGAAAUUGUAUAGGUUUUACAGUGGAAAAGUGUGUUUUUUCUCUCUAUAUAUUUUUUUUACUGAUUUUAUUUUUUUGUUGCCAGUGUCAGCACACGAUGAAAUCAGAAGUAAUCAUAUAUUUAGGAUGGAUGUCAUUCUUUCCUGACAUCACAUCAGUGUGUAACCAGCAUUUGUGACCAUUGUUAUCACAAGUUGUCUUAUUUUUUGUAUACCUUACAAGCUCAUUGCAACCCAGUCCACUAAAAGUAUCCCAGCUUGCAAAUGUGAUUAGCCUAAACUUUGCAUUUAGAUUCCAAUUUGCUACAAUUCAGAGUUUAGUGGAUAAGCCAUGUGUUACACAGUCAUUUAGAACAUUUAACAAAUUGUAAUUUUUUCUUACUUUAUUCAAUGGGUCACACACCUGCCUGCCUUGGGUACUUAUCCACCAUAGAUUCAGUUUUAUAUGAAUGGAUGAAAACUGAAAAUUAUAAUGUGGAUAUUUUUAAGUUACUUUCCUUUAUGUAGUAUUUAAUGAAGGUUUAUUGGCAUUAUAUUAAAGUAUUUCUUAUACAUGUAGACUUCUAUCCAUCAGCAUUUAAAAUAUGCCACCCCCACUUGAAUUGUCAAAAGCUUCCCCAUCAGCAGACGAGAGAGGAAGUGACUACUGGAAGGAAGUGACUCUCGUGCCGCACGCCUCAUUGACAGGCCAGAUCUAGUGCAGCGUGUCGACAAACAGGAAACUACAGAAAAUAUUCUUUAAAUACACUUUAUACUUUGGUGCCUCCCCUCCCAAGCAGAGGUGGAAGACUAACAAACGGAAAUUCUGUAGCACACUGUGAAUUCUCAUUCAUUGUAUAUGGAAUAUUGAUUUCUGGGACUUCAAUUCUAAUGGAUGAAUGGAUGUGCUAAUAAUGGCAAUACGUGAAGUUAAUUAAUCAAAAUAUUCCAAAAAAAAAAAACUGUCUAUAACCAGAAAUUAUCAGCAAUCUCUCAGACUCCUUUAGUUAAACAGCUUAGUGAUCUUGAUCUAAAGCCUGAUACUUUAGAUUUUCCAGCCAAUGACAUGGGACUUUUAAUAUAGUUUAGAUUUCUGAUAUUGAAAGAGUUUGUUGCUGCUUGUUUCUGUCUAGCUGGGUGGCUUGACUUUCCUCUCUGUUUUGAGUAGUGAGAAUUGUUUUCUAUAUUAUAUAUAUUCUCCUAUAUGUUAAACAUUUAGACUGCCAUGUAGGCCUCCAUUUAUGAGUGGACAUACUCCAUGAGUAUCAAGCAUCAAUAUCACUAUGCAUCAUGAAUUGGUUUCUGUUACUCUCUACAGUGCACCAAACCAUUCAUCGAGCUUAAAAUCGCAGAGAAUUGCAAAUUUUACAUCAAAUAGUUGUAUUUGGAAAAUACAUUUUUUUUACAGCUGUUUAGACCUAAAAAUUGCAGUUAUCUGGUCAAUUCUCUACACUUUUCAGGUUAAUGAAUAAACCGCUUUAGGUCUACAUGAGAAUGAGUAAAAUAAUGAGGCCUCUGACCUGAUCGUGUUUCUUUUUUCAGGUUAGCCCUCCAACAGACAUAGGGAUGAGCACAUGGAGAAUUCACCGGAGACCUCAUUAGUCCCUUGCGGAAAGGACAAGUAUAUUUCUAAGUGAGUUUUCCUAUUUGUGUCUUCCUGCUCCCUACAAUAACCUUGACAAUUCAUGCCAUCUUUCUGAUCCAUUAAGAACCUCUACAUGUACGAGGUCAACCACAUAAUAAAAUACUUUCUCAAACAUACAGCAAAUAUGACAACCCCUACACAUUAUAAUAAUUUUCUUUUUCAUUUCGAAUUUAAAUAACAACCAUGUAUACUCUUUUCAUUCCAAUCUUAAAAAACUCAGAAAUACCUUGAUAAAAUGCAGUCUCUAUUAGCAAGGGUCAGAUGUGGCCCAGCUACCUUAGAAUACCAUUGGAUACCAAUGUAUCACACCAUUAUUUUAACAACCUCCAGUCAGUGUUAAUGAAUAGUAUAUUAUAUAUGAUUAUGAUGCCCAAAUCAGAGUGUUUAUUGUAUAACGGAACAGCUUGUAAAAGCAUGGUCUUUCUCCACAGACCUUAACCCCUUCACUGCCAGGCUCUUUCUGAUUUAAAAAGUAAUAGCAAAACAUUUAUUUGAAGCCAGGGAUACCUACACAGAUAUCGUAACACAGAUUUUGUGCAUAGAUUGCUUUGCAGGCAAGCUUAAAACGUAAAAAUAUGUAAAUUUACACAACUUUUAUUUUACACUUAUUUGUUCAAUUUUUAUAAACAAAUAUUUGGGAAAUGAAAAGCUGUAGACAGUAUACAGUGCCCUUUGUCUUGCAAUAGUUCACACAUGGUCUGAAAUGUUAGCAUUAAAGCAAAAAUGCAUAGUUUUUUCUCACGUACAGUAGAUGUGAAUAUACUAUAUACACAAAAAUGGUCAAAAACCUUGCUUAUAGUUAUUGUUAAGUAUUCUGAAGACAUUACUUGCAGUGUAGCUUACUACAAACUGCAACAGAAUGUAAAAAUAAUGUAUGAAUUUGAGCAUAAUGCCUACAUACAGUAAAUACAGUUAAAUCAUAUAUUUCUAAAAUAAAGGUAAUUGACGAUGAUAUAGCAAUCUUUAUUAAGCUCUGAAAUGUUAAUGUAAUGCUGACAGUGAAAUGACAGCGUUCACUCACUGCUUAGCCCUCCCUGAUUGUAGGAAUGAUAUGACAUAGGGAAACAUCCUGUACUAUUUGGAAGCGGGGGCAGGCAGGGAGCUUACAUUUUCAGUGAAUUUAUAUUGAUCUAUAACUAGUGGCUUCUGGCAGAGAAAUGCAUUCUUCUACAGGCUGGUAAUCAUAACUAGAGGAUAAAAUAGGGUAAGUGAGUUUUUACGGACUAGAUUUCAUACUGCAAAAUACAUGAAAAUUAAAACAUUCAUACUCAAAAUGUACAGGGUAAAACAGAUUUAUAGGAAUACAUUCUGCUGUUUGCACAAUUUGCAGCAACAUAAGGCCUUGGCCAUUGUAGCUACCCAACAAACAGUCAUAUUAGUGAAAGGAGGACUUUAACAGAAUUAAAGUAUAAAACAGCCAAGACAUGUUUUCUUUAAAAUAGUUACUGUUAAAAAUGAAACCAAACAUUGAUGCAUUUUAAAUGGUUUUGGUCAGCCUUCAUUUAUCUUAUAUGAUUAAAAAAAUAUUAUAGUAACAGUACAAAAACAGAGCAGGUAGCAAGAAACAUUGGUGGAUACGUGGUAAAAUCAAUUAAUUGGAUUGAAAUUGUUUGUGAUAAUGUUAAUUCCAGCUAUUUGAGAGACAUUCAGCUGAAGUUACAUCAGUUAUCAGUAUAAACUGUGAACAAUACCAAUUUUUACUCUGUUACAACCAUGUUCACAUUAACCCUGUUGACGAAUUUGCAGAUGGUGUUAGUUAAGAGAGUCUAAAUUUUUUUUAAAUCAGCACUUUAAAAAAUGAAGCAAUACCAAGAAAAAACAAACAAAAAAACCUAUUAAAAUCAAUAGACUGUAUGGAAGAACAUUUUCUGUAAUACAUGAAUUACUUAAACCUGUAUUCCACCCAAAUAAAGGAGUUAUUUAAAAUGUGAAAUUCUUGCUGUGAUUUUAACACGCCCAACUCUCUCCCAUACUAAUCUAUUCCCAAAGGCCCGAUACAUCCCAUUUCAUGAGUAUGAGAACAAAGACACAAGUCUUCUCAUAAAUCAUUGUUCUUUCUAUUCCUUGCGAAUAUUGUUUAUUGUAGCAGAAGGAAAUAACCUUGAAUGAAUGAAUGAGCUGCAGCUGUGUAAAGCUGCAACCAAGCCAGUCAACAAACAAUAUGCAGUCAUAGUUUUAAAGGGGCCCUUUCAUAUAUUUGUAUUCAAGAUUAACUGUUAACUACUCUUUAUAUAAUUAUCCUGCCAAGAGACAGGACUGGCCUGGAAGGUUUUUAGGUGACAUAAAGGGAGCCUUUAAGCAUCAAAACAGCAAAUUCACAGUCCACUCCAUCGUCUACUUGCAUGCAGUUCACAUUCCAAGGUUCACAAGGUUUUGCACACUCUGCCUUCAGUGGUGCUGGUACCUGAUCUAUUUCCAAAUACUCAUUACUUGAUUUUAUGUGUGCACUAAUUUUACAUUAUAUUGAAAAAAAAAAUCCCUCAACAGCAUUUUCUUUCAUGUGCAUUUUAGACAUUUUGUGAACAGGGUACCCUCCUCCCAUUGCAUUUCUGUUCUAGUAAUAGGUAAUUGCUACCUGCGUCCCCUGCCCUGUACCAACAGAUGGUAGGAUGACCUUCAAUUAAUGUUUGCUGACAACUGGUCUCAUAUUUUCUACUUGCUCCAUAAAUCAUCUCUUUAGCUAUUCAUAGUUGUAACUAGGGAUACACCGAUUAUUGGUUUUGCCGAUUAUUGGAGCUGGUUUUCAGCAUUUUACUGAUAAUUGGUAUAAGCCUUGUAAUUUACUGUUAUCACUGAUAACUUACUCAGCUGUCCCAGUCACCACGUGUAUCUGGAAACUCUAGCCUUCAGCCAACGAAGAGCCAUUUAGUGACCUCAUGUCACCUCUUUCUGUGAGUCUCUACAUGCGGAGAUCAGCUGAAGGCAUGGAGGUGAGACAGUGAAAAAUCUACUGUAAUAUACUGGGCUUGCUGACAAAGAUUUAGGAGAAUCACACUUCUGUCAUUACCAGCACAUGCUGGGAUAUCAGUGAUCCCAGCAUGUGCAGGCUGCCUGAGAGUGAUAGGCAUGUGAUUGCUGACAACACUGUCAUCAGGAAUCACCAUUACCAUGAAGGGGUAUAUGUGGUCUGUAACAAUCUCUAGGUAACACAUGAAUGCUAAGACCCAAGGUUUUCCAGCAGAAUAUUUUCCAGAGCAUAAUCCUGCCUCUCUCAGCAUGCCUUCUUCCCAUAGUGCAUCCUGCUGCCAUCUCUUUACCAGGUAAAUGACUCACAUGCAUCUAGCCAUCCACCUGAUCUAAUAGAAAUUGUGAUUCAUGAGACCAGGCAACCAUUGUUCUAUAGUCCAGUUCUGAUGCUCACGUCCCCAUUGAAAGUGCUUUUGGCAGUGAACAAGGGUUAUCAUUGGAACUUUGGUUGAUCUACACAGCCUGCAAUGCACUGUGUGUUCUGACACCUUUCUUUCAUGGUCAGCAUUACGUUUUUCAGCAAUGUGAGCUACAGUAGCUUUUCUUUGUGAUGGCAGUGAACGGGCUAGCUUUUGCUCCCCAUGUGCAUCAAUGAGCCUUGAGCGCCCAUGAUUCUGGUUCCGGAUCACUGGUUGUCUUUCCUUGCACCACUUGUGGUAGGUUUUAACCACAGCAUACCAGGAACACCCUAUAAGACUUACCGUUUUGGAGAUGCUCUGAACCAGUCAUCUAGCCAUAACCAUUUGGCAGUAACUCUUUUUCACCUGCCCAUUUUUCCUGCUUCCAACACAUGAAAUUCAAGAACUGACUGUUCACUUGCUGUUAAAUAUAUCCCACCCCAUCACAGGUGUCACUAUAACCAUAUAAUCAAUGUUAUUCACUUCACCUGUCAGUGGUUUUAAUGUUGUGGCUGACCAGUGUGGAGGGGUGAUGUUAAAGGGACACUAUAGUCACCUGAACAACUUUAGCUUAAUGAAGCAGUUUUUGUGUAUAGAACAUGCCCCUGCAGCCUCACUGCUCAAUCCUCUGCCAUUUAGGAGUUAAAUCCCUUUGUUUAUGAACCCUAGUCACACCUCCCUGCAUGUGACUUGCACAGCCUUCCAUAAACACUUCCUGUAAAGAGAGCCCUAUUUAGGCUUUCUUUAUUGCAAGUUCUGUUUAAUUAAGAUUUUCUUAUCCCCUGCUAUGUUAAUAGCUUGCUAGACCCUGCAAGAGCCUCCUGUAUGUGAUUAAAGUUCAAUUUAGAGAUUGAGAUACAAUUAUUUAAGGUAAAUGACAUCUGUUUGAAAGUGAAACCAGUUUGUUUUUUUCAUGCAGGCUCUGUCAAUCAUAGCCAGGGGAGGUGUGGCUAGGGCUGCAUAAACAGAAACAAAGUGAUUUUACUCCUAAAUGACAGUGAAUUGAGCAGUGAAAUUGCAGGGGAAUAAUCUAUACACUAAAACUGCUUUAUUUAGCUAAAGUAAUUUAGGUGACUAUAGUGUUUCUUUAAAUAAAGAAUACAUUCAUAAUGUCUUUCAUUUGAACAUAGGUACUAAAGGGAAUCUGCUUUGGGGUUUUUUCUUACAGCAUUUUGUAGAUAAUUAGCUUAAGAGGAAGUUUUCACUUUCAAAGAAUUUUAAUGCAAGCUUUGCUUAUCCCUAUAUUUUUAAUUACUAUAAUUCACACCCCUUUUCUAGCAACUGAGCAUCACCAUCCCUGUCAAUCAUUGUUAUAAGCUCUGCCCUUUGCACCUGCAACACAGAAAGCGUACAGAGAAGAGGUGAAGUGUUUCCGUUCCUCCUCCUCAUUUGAUUGUGUGUCAUUUGCUACAUCAUUGUUUCCAAGUUAAAGAUACAAAUACAAUUAUAAAGAUUAACACAAGUUACAAGUGGUUUUAACCCCUUAAUGCCGUUACGGCGUUCUAUACCGUCCCACAUUAAAAGGGCUUUAAAGUCGCUGCGGCGGCAUAGAACGUCGUAACGGCUUGCAGCCCCUGGAGGUCUGGAAGACUUACCUCCGCCGCAAUCCUCUUCUGGAGGUCUGCCUGACAGACCAGGCAGCCCUCCCCCGGCAAAUGAGGCCCCCGGGGGCCAUGUGAUCGCUCUCAAAGAGCGAUCACAUGGCCCCCUAUAGCUGGCUCUGGACAGUCCCCCUGCUGGUAGGAGGUGUAAGAAAAUAUUAUUAGACAUGUUUAAAAUUAAUUAAAAGUAUUUUUAUAUACAUAUAAUAUAUGUAUAUCUAUUAUAUCUAUAUAUAAUAGAUAUACAUAUAUAUAUGUAACGUCAUACAAAGUGUAUUUUAAUAUUAAUAUAAGUACAUAUAUUAGUAUUAAAAUACACUUAGAAUGACGUUAUAUAUAUAUGUAUAUAUUAUAUAUAUAUAUAUAUAUAAUAGAUAUAUACACAUAUUAUAUAUAUACGUAUAAUUACAAUAAUAAAUAAAUAAAAUAUUGAAACAAAAUUUAAUAUAAAUUAGAUAUUCAUAUGUAAUUUCAUUCUAACUGUAUUUUGUUAUUAAUAUAUAUAUAUAUAUAUAUAUAUAUAUGUAACAAAAUACACUUAGAAUGACAUUCUAUAUAUAUCUAUCUAAAUAUAAAAUACAAAUAACCGCAAAUAUAUAUAUAUAUAUAUAGAUAAAUACAUAUAUUUACAUAAAAGAUUACAUUAGUAUACACGUAGAAUUUAAAUACCUAUAAAUGCAUAUAUAUUAAAAUUCUACGUGUGUAUAUAUAUAUUUUUUAAUUCUUUAUUUGUCUGUGCACAAAAUGAUAUCAGAGGUCGUGUCGCAACGACAACAUUUGCGUAUAGUAGGAACAGCAUAAUAAACAAUAUAUACAUAGCGUGGAACAGAGGCACAGUUUUGAUCUUACAUUAACUUGUAUAAAAUUAUGGUGCGUAGUAGGGGUCUGCAGUAAUCGUGCGGUCAUGCCAAGGUUGUUUGAGACUGUCCACAAGAGCUGAUAUAGGGCUAGUGUCCGUAUGGGUUAUGUCUACGUAUCUAGUAGCCUGGCCUGAUCAUCCCUUCGGGCGGGGUAUGGGUAUAGGGCCGUUGCAAUUAUGUGCUACUGGUUUUGAAAGGUAAUUAUGAUGAUCGCAAUCGCAUGUGGUGGGGCCAAUCAUUGGCUCCCUCUCGCUAUUGGGGGUUGUGCUGUAGGCCUCCAACGGCGCUAGUAUGAGUCCCCCUUAUUGGGUUCUGGUGAUAUUCUCAGUGUCCUGUCAGUUUCCGCCUCUAACCCCCCCCCCCACUACUCUGCCCCUUGUAGCCGGGUGAUAAGGCUGCUGUUAGCUUCCUAUAGUGAUCUGCGCUUAUGGGUGCUAUCUGUGUGUGAUAGGGGGCCCCCUGAGGAGACAGGGGCCAAAGAGAGUAAUAGAGAUGGAUAUAUCAAAAGGAAGAUAGAAGUAGUGAGAGAGCAGGGAAGGGAGAAGGGGAGGGGAUAAGGGGCAAGGCUCCAGCUCCGGGCAGGCAGGGGCAGAGGGCCGGGGGAGGCGGAGGACAGGGGUGGGCUUCCAGGGCCGGACCGCGAGGAGGGCUGUGACCCGCGCCUCCGCUUAGUCUGCGAAUUGGCUCCCUCUCCAGGGCUCCCAAGUUCUCGCAAACCGCCCCACGUACCCCGCACCCGUGCAGUAAGGUCGUCCAUGAGGCAGUUGUCUUUUAUCUUCCCGAUCACCACUGACCUGGAAGGUGGCUGGGUUUUUAGCUAGUGUUGUGCAAUAGCUCUACGGGCGGCUAACGUAAUUUUAUGGAGUAGUCUCUGGUCCUGUCUCGGCCAAUCCUCUAUGGACCUAUUCAAGAGAUGUAUCCAUGGGUCUAGAGGUAGAGCCCUUUGAAAGACUUGCUCUAUUAUGUCUCCUACAUCUUUCCAAAACGGUCUGAUUUUAGGGCACUCCCACCACAUGUGGGCGUACGUACCCCUGAGACCGCAGUUCCUCCAGAACAGGUCAAAAUGUGAUUUAGGCAUUCUACAUAAUUGGACGGGGGUGACGUACCACCGAAAUAUGGUUUUAAAGGAUUGCUCCUGCAUGGAAACACAAACAGAGGAGGUGUUGCAGGCCUCCCAUAUUUCCCGCCACUCUACCCCCUCAAGGACCUCCCCCAGGUCUCUCUCCCAAUGAGACGUGUAUGUCAGGGAGCACCAUUCAGUAGUGUCCGAGCAUAGGUGGGCAUAUAGCAGUGUAAUAAGGCCCUUAGGGGGUCUUUCAUUGAGGCAUAUGUUUCGCUGUUUUGAUAUGGGGUUGCCUAGCGAAGUCUGCAAUUUGGAGAUACCUGAAGAAGUCCGCUGGAGUAAGGUGUUGCCCCUGCCUAACUGUGUCAAAGGAUAUUAGGGUGCCCCUGUCGUAGAGGUGGCAUAUUCUCUGUGGGCCUGCCUGUUUGAUUCGCUUGAAAUUACGUGCCAUCAAGCCAGGGGGAAAGCCCUAUUUCUCAGGAAUGGCAUGAGCAGGUAUGGCACCGAGGACAGGUGGCACUUCUGCGCUGUCCUGUCCCAUAUGCGUAUAUGGGGUCUAAGGUCCCUCGGGACCCAUAUGUAGUCUACGUGUAUAUUUAAGUAAUCUUUUAACAUAAUUAUGUGAUUUGAUAAAUUAAAAUUUGAUUGACAUGCCUGACAACACAGGGAGAAAGUGCAGAGAAUGUAAUUCGCAAGCACUAUAUUUGACCCUGUAACUCUCCAAGACAACAUAAAACCUGUACAUAGGGGGUACUGUUUUACUGGGGAGACUUUGCUGAACUCAAAUAUUAGUGUUUCAAAAUGAUAAAUUGUAUUACAAUGAUGAUAUUUUAAGUAAAAGUGACGUUUUUUGCAUUUUUUACAAACGUACGGCACUUUUAUGGACUAUAUUAUUGUUGUAAUAUGUUUUACUGUUUUAAAACACUAAUAUUUGUGUUUAGUGAAGUCUCCCGAGAAUAACAGUAUCCCCUAUGUACAGGUGUUAUGGUGUUUUGGAAAGUUAGAGAGUCAUAUAUAAGGCUUGCAUUUCAUUUUUUUGACAUUGAAAUUUGCCAGAUUGGUUAUGUUGCCUUUGAGAGCGUAUGGUAGCCCAGGAAUGAGAAUUACCCCCAUGAUGGCAUACCAUUUGCAAAAGUAGACAACCCAAGGUAUUGCAAGUGGGGUAUGUCCAGUCUUUCUUAGUAGCCACUUAGUCACAAACACUGGCCACACACAAAAACAAAUAUGAACGCUAACUUUCGCUAGUGUUUGUGACUAAGUGGCUACUAAAAAAGACUAAACAUACCCCACUUUCAAUACCUUGGGCUGUCUUCUUUUUCAUAUGGUAUGCCAAAAUGGGGGUAAUUCUCAUUCCUGGGCUACCACACCAUCUCAAAGGUAACAUUACUAAUGUGGCAAAUUUUAAUUUGAAAAUGGAAUGUUCUAUAUUUGACCCUGUAACUUUCCAAAACACCAUAAAACCUGUUAACUCGUGAGACAUCUCUGAUUACAAAUAUGUGCAUUUUUUUGCAGUAAAACCUAACAGUAUUAUGACAUUAACAGCUAAAACGUCAGACGGAAAUACAAUUUAUUUUUUUUUAAAUCUUAUUUUCUCAUAUUUUUUUUAAUUGUAUUCAUAAUAAAUUAUGUUCCAUAUAUGAAUAGUUAAUGAUAAAGUAAAGCCCAGUUUCUCCUGAACAAAAUGAUAUAUAAUAAGUGUGGGUGCACUUAAUGUGACAGCGGUGAAUUACGGUUGAACAGACACAUUGCGCAAAUUCCAGUUUUUGUUUAAGUUUUGUUUUGAUCAGAACGUGCACUAUUGACUCCGUCCUGAAGGGGUUAAUGUUUCAUUCAAUGGUGUUUUUUUCCAAAGAAUUUAUGGAUAUUUUUUUAAUACCGAUUGCAUCAUUACUAUUUUCACUAAACAGAAAUUAUUAAAUAUCAUUGAUUGACACUAGUGUUUAAUUUCACCAAGGGCCAUCUGCAAUCACAUAAGGUAUAGAUUUUAUUUUUUCUAAGAACAUUUUAUAUGAAUAGAGAUUUUCAGUAUAUUUCAUGCUCAUUUCAGGCAUGCACUUUAUUUCUCAAACCAUUUACUGAGAGUUAGCAAUGCAAUGUAUUUUUAUACACAUCCUGUUUGUUUGUACUGCUAUCUUGUUCUUUUGCUUGAGUGGGUUUGUUAACGUGGCAGGUUGCUCUAUAUUAUGCGUGGCUGACUUUGUGUGGAGAUGUCAGAAUCCUGAACAUGGAAAAGUACAUCCUAAUGAUCCGUGAAUAUAAACUGUCCAAUUUUGUUUCUUGCAGGAAUGAGUUGCUGUCUCAUUUAAAGAACUAUAAUUUAUAUUAUGAAGGACAGAACCUACAACUGAGACACAGAGAGGUAAUAGAGGAGUGUCUUCAUUGUCUUGUAUAUUGGAUGUUAAUGUUGAUUUGCUGUCCAGGAAAAUUAGAAAUCAUUUGGUGGUAAAUAAGAAUCAAUACUCUCAUCUGAUCUUCUCAUUCCCUUUCAAAAAAGCUCUGACUUUAAUUUUAAUCUUAUUUCCUUCUAUAGUAUUUCCCCAAUGCUACAGAAUCUCAGUUAUCCUUACUUGAGUUUUCAUUAUGAGUACGGUCCAACACUGAGUAUUAUAAUAUCAGGACGGGGCUAUGAGAAGAACCAGAUGGGGAUGCCAAUGAAGCAAUGUGUGUCACUAGUAAUUCAAUAAAUAGUUUAGGUGAAAAGGGGACAUGCGAGGCUAGUGAGAGUGCAUGCUGGACUAACAAGCAGCUCUGAUAGUCAGCCAACCAGAUCUGAGAUUACACAUAAGUCUGUCGAAGCACUAGGGGGAGAAAUGCCCUAUAUUGGCCUUCUGCAGUUGCAACCACACUAGACUUGCCUUUUUUUCUUCUUCACAGAAGUGAGACACUGGACUGAGUAAAUAGGAUAGUUGGAUGAUGUGAGAAGUUUAUAGUGAAGGACCUAGCUGUGGAUGGCGUGGUAACAAUAGAAUACAUAAUAUAUGCCAGAGAAAGGUGGUUAUUGAGGGAACAAAUCCUAAUGUGUAUGAAUGGAAAGCUAUAUUAGGUAAAUUUGCAUAGGAUUUCUGCUACGAAUGCAGGUAUUUAAAGUACUUUGUACGCCUAUUCCUCCCGAACUGCCGAGCCUUAGUGAUUAUAGCUGCAGUUUGGGUGUAGAUAUGAAUAGUUCCAGACGAAUGCAGCUUCCAAGUAGUUUCUUCCCCAGCUAGUAGAUAGUUACCCAAACAUGAACCUAGACUUCAUGAAGGGUACAACAGGAAUAAUGGUUUAUUGAUGCCACACUGGCUUUUAUGCAAGUCCCCAUGCAAGAGGACUUCCCACAUGGACCUUGUGGGGCACCAGGACACAAAGGUUACAACCAAUAAUAUUACAUUGACAAAGUGAAACACUCCCACUGCAAACAUACAAUCCCCUGCUCUCUGCCUGUGAGAUAAUUAAGUCAACUAAAGGAUAACCCAAUUAUCUCCAGGCAGAAAAAACCCAUAUUUUCCCCAAAACGUAGAAAGUACCCUAAAACACAUGGUAUCCCCAUAAAUGACGUAGCCCUUGAUAGCCCUGAUCUGGGUGACCAACAUAUUAAAAAAAAACACCCAGAUUACUUCAGGGGUUUUCGAAUUGUAUAGAAGUCCCAUUUUACCGACCACACACGAGGCUCCUGCCCUAUUUCAAUAAAGUUAAAUAAACGAAUGAAAGCACGAACUGAGCCCCCUGGCUCAUAGGAGCGAUUGUUCCCCUUGUUCCUGAGAACUAAACUACCGAAUGUCUUUACCUAUCAUAUGUUUUUACCGGUGUUCGGGAAGUCGAGUGUCCGAUUUUUAGUUCCAGACAAUCUACGACAAAGUUCCGCUGCCUCCUUUCGUGCAAACAAGAUGGCCAUGUUUUCUCUUCCAUGUGGCGUUCGGCUAUACGAACGGCGGCCACCCAAAGAGAGCGCUCAAAUUACAGUUUCCUUUGUAGAUAAUGAGCCAGGGGGGUGAUGAGUGUUCGGUAGUUUCAUCUACCGAACUAAUAAAACAGAAAAGUCUCGAAUGAAAGUCUCUUUUCUUCACAGCUUCCACAUCUGCCGAUAAGGUUUGCAGCCAAGGCCACACAUAUAGAUGUAGGCAAGUUUCUGUGUAAGUGGGGCUUAAUAUAUAUGAUUAGUGAGGCUCAUCAGCCUCUCUCACACAUUCAGGUACUGCCUUAUACAAGGUUUGUCCCUGUGAUGUCUGUUAGAAGUCUAGAGAUCCAUCAAUUACCCUUUCCAUGCUCCCACAUAUAUGAAAUAAACCCAUACUUUAAUGCAAUCUUAAAUGUGAGUUUAAUGUUGGUCUUUUAUUUUGUAGGAAGAAGGCGAGUUGAUUGUUGAGGGUCUUCUCAAUAUAUUCUGGGGUCUAGGACGCCCCAUUCGUCUUCAGAUGCAGGAUGACAAUGAGAGGAUUCGUCCACCUCCCUCCUCCACAUCAUGGCACUCAGGCUGCAAUUUGCUCUCCCAGCGGUUGGUAUCAGCAUUGUAGUUCUGUUGCACUAAUAUGUAAUGUCAAACUUCCAAGAUGCAAUGCUACAUCCUGUUGUCACAGGACCUGCAGUCAGUAAUGUGUUUAGACUGAGGCUGAUACAGCUGCCCCCAUCCAUUGUGCUGUAAGCCACUCAAGCCUUAGCUUUAGAUUUUACUAGAAUGAUGGAACUGGAGCCUGAACAGUUGGUUCAUACUUGGAGGCUUGCUCUCCAGCGCAUAUAUAUUUUAUACAACUAAAUGUGGCCAUGGUGGUAAUGCUGGGGUCUAUUUACAAAAAUGUUAAAUGCAAAAGAAUAAUAAGCGCUCUCUUCUCAGGGGUGAGCAGCAGUUCACCAACAAGGUGUUCCUCUACCUUGUGAUAAAUGGACAGAUAAAAUAGAAAGGUGAACAGCGCUAAAAAUCAGAAAAUGUACAUACGUUUUGUAGAAAUACUGGCCAGCAGAGUAACUUAAAAAAAAAGAGAAACAAAAAUACAAAUAAUGGUACAGUAUGUAUGAACGAUAUAAUUCCACAAGAACAAAGGUGUUAUAUUCACACUCACACUUUGAGGAGCUAUAUCAGCUCGGUGUUAAGAGCCUGGACGGAAUAAUCCCUGUCUAUGGAUUUCUUGAGGUUCAAGACCGUUGGUGAAUUUAUAGGUGUAAAUAUUCGUUACAUGAAAAACAAGAGUAAAAUACACCACAUGGUAUAGUACGUAAAUAUAAAAUAUUGUGAAAAAAAAAAGUGGAUGAUCCUACUUACAUAUACUAGAGCAACGACCUGCUCUAGUUUGGAGAAUUUCAGGUGGAAUAAUCCCCACCUUGGGAUAUAGUGGACCCAGGUAUAGCAGCAAAGCAGUAUUGGAUAGGAAGGAGGACAAAAGGAAUGACUGGAUAGUUUAAAAAAUAUAUAUACUUUAAUACAAUAAGUAAAAAGUGAAUAAUAAACUAUAAAACCAGUCCUGUAUAAAAGUCCAAAAUUCUUCCUCACUUGACGCGUUUCGCCGAAGCUUUCUCAAAAGUGUUAAACUGUUAGUGCUACUGCAGCCAUAUUGGAGUAAGUGACUUUAACACAGUAAUAACUGCAGUAAGAACACUGUAAUAACACAGGCAAUCAUUCAUCCCUAUCUCAUUCUUUACCAAACCUUACCUGCCCUACUGGUAGAUAUUAAUUUGAUAUAUGGCUCAAAUUGUAACUGAGAAAAUGUUGCUGUGCUCAUAAGAACAUGAAACAUGAAAAAAGUGGCAUUAACCCCUUAAGGACCAAACUUCUGGAAUAAAAGGGAAUCAUGACAUGUCACACAUGUCAUGUGUCCUUAAGGGGUUAAAGCAAUGCCAUUUAUAAUGAAGACCCUAGGUUAAGGUAAGGGUUGAAUUUAAAGGGACACUCCAGGCACCCUGACCAUUUCUGCCCAUUGGAGAGGUCUGGGUGCCAACUCCCACUACUCUUAACCCUGCAACUGUAAUUAUUGCAGUUUUCCUGCUCUAUAGCACAAAAAAACCUGUGCUAGAGCGUCGCUGGAUUUCCCCUCGUUUCCCCAUAGGAAAGCAUUGAAAAGCAUUUUCAAUGCUUUCCUAUGGGGAGCGCUAAUGCGCAUGCGCGGUAUUGCCGCGCAUGCGCAUUAGGUCUCCCCGGCCGGUGGGUGGGCUCAGUCUCGCCCACCGGCCGACGCAAUCACAGGGAGGAGCGGAGGAAGAAGCAGCGACGUGGGAUAUCGUCGCUGCCUCUGGUAAGUGACUGAAGGGGUUUUCACCCCUUCAGCAACCAGGGAUUGGGCGGUGGGAGGGAGAGGAGACCUGCAGUGCCAGGAAAACAGAUUUUUUUUCCUGGCACUGGAGUUUCCCUUUAAGGUUAUUUGUCACCAAUUUCUUGGUUGUUUUAAAGUAUUAAGUUGUACAACAGGCCUUGCUCCAAAUGGUGGCACAUCCUCACUGGUCACUAGUGAUACAUCAAUCAAAAUAAUGGUGUAUUUUGCAAUAAAGGAAAGAGAAUGCAUUUAAAAAUAUAUUUUGUAGCAGUUAUUCAGCAGCAAUAACACUAUUUCCUACCUUGGUACCCCAGUUGUCUCGGAACUACAUCUCAUAUCUUUAUUGAUAGCUGAGCAUCAUGGGAAAUGUAGUCCAAAAAACAUCUAGUGUACAAAGGUUGUCCAUCACUAAUUUUCAAAACACUGUAGUGUCAACGUUAAUGGGAUAAUUUUGGUCCUGUUUAAAAGUUGAUGUUCUCAUUAAUAUUAUUGCUUACUAAGGGUUACUGAGAGUAUUUCUAUCAGGCAGGAAUAAGGUCGGCGGCUGGAUUCUCAAAGCCUGCAAAGCUUUUAUAUUUCUGGCAAUUUCCCGUGACUUUUGGAUUCCAGACGCCUCUUCUAAGCCAACAAGGGGAAUAGUCAGAUUAAAGACAUGUGAAAGUCAUCUGGGCACCAGUUCCUGUUAACUGUUGCAAUACUGGUUGUUUUAGAGCAGAGUUAUUCAAAUACUGGCCCGCCUUCUUUAUUUUUAAUACAACUCCCAGCUACUAGAGGCAUAUGUAGCUACAAAAGUUCACUAACUGCUGGAAGGCUAUUGAACACCGGUAGCAAUAGCUCCAAGUGACCCUAUUUAGGAGGAACAGUCCCUAUUUAUUAUUCUGUCGUUCUUUUUUAUCCUAAUGUCCCUCUUUUCUAGGAGCUCCAUGUUGUUGGUUUCCCUGUUUGUACUUUUGAAAUUUGAAUUUGAAAUUCACUUUGAAUUCUCACUUUAGUGAAAAAUCCCGUGAGGCCAAACAUAACACAUUUUUCUAAUUUGGCUAUUUAGGCAUAACAUUUGAAAUUCACUCUGAUUUCACUCUAUAUUCCUGGUAAUUAUCACAUUUGUGAAUAACCCUGAUAAUGUCCAAAACAACAAACAGGGUUAUUCACUAAAGUUAGAAUUCAGAGAGAAUUUCAAAUUUAAUACUGAAGUAGCUGACAUGUUUCUAAGACAGCUAUGCUUCCAUUUCUGCUACACUGGCCUUAAAUGUAAAAUUCACUUUGAUUUCUUACUUUAGCGAAUAAUCCUGAAAGUAAAAAAAGAAUGAUAAAAAAACCUGACAAUUACCAUUCCCAUCACACCUAUUGGCAGCAUUACCCAGCAUGCUCAGGCUGCCAUCUCACGUAUUGGCAGCAUUACCCAGCAUGCUCAGACUGCCAUCACACGUAUUGACAGCAUUACCGAGCAUGCUCCGGUUCCCAUCGCAUGUAUUGACAGCAUUACCGAGCAUGCUCAGGUUCCCAUCGCACGUAUUGACAGCAUUACCCAAUACCCAGCAUGCUCAGGCACAAAAUAGCUUAAUGAACAUUCAGAUAAGUGUAUUCUGAUGAAAGCAAACACCUUUGCUGGAGCUUUGAACCAGACUCAGAGAAACUUCCCUUCCUUCACAUAAACAAUAGUAAUUUUUGGCUAUAAUACUUUUAAUGGCAUACAGUUGUUUUUUUUUUGUUCCUUGUACUUAACAUAUAUCAGUUUAACAUAUUAUAAAAAUAUGCUUUUUUUUGGUAACUUAUUGAUUCAGGACUCUGUCAAGUGUUCCCCAAAGUGCCAACAGGAGUAACAGGACCUACAAAAGGGAUUAUUAUAUUCCAGAGCAAGAUAUGUGGCAGAACAAAUGCCAUGCUCUGAUGAAUGAGAGUAACAUGAUAAAGUAUUAUUUAAAUAAACAAUAAAUCCUUCUUGAGAAACUGCCUUAGAUUUAGUAGUGGUUUCAAGUUCUACGCUAAUAGAAACUUAUUCAAUGUACUCUAUAUGACAGGAUCAUGUUUCUUUUGUUUCUAUGUCAGAAACUAUACAUUGUGUUGCUGUAAGAAUGGUUUGCCAAUGUAGAUGCUGGAUUUUGUUACCAGAGAUUAGUUAUUUCUUGGGAAUAGAAUAGCAAUUUACUGAAACGCAAUAAGAUAAUUGCUAUUCAAUAACUGGGGAUAAAGGUAACAUAAUCCAGUCCCAUAUGUAAGCUGCAAAUACCUACCAACCAUUGUCCUUCUACGGUAAAUUGCAGUUAUUAGAUUUAAGUUAGCAUUUGCUCUUUCCAGAAUGAUAUUUAAUGCACCUUAUUUGAUAUAUUGUUUGAAUUUAUCUUUCAGACAAGUGGCUAAGCAAGACACAAUCCCAGAUAUACAGAUAACAGAUGUUUCGGAUUCACCCAAUACAGGUGAGUAUCUGACAGAUGGUUUUCAGUUUGCAUGCUUAAUAUUGACUAAUAUUUACAUUAGGAAUUAUGAGCAACACUUUAAAGUUUCUAAACAUAAAAAACCCCCAAAACAAACAGGGAAAACAAAAACCUGUAAAACUUUAUAGAAUAUGAAGUUCAUGUAAAGUAGGGUAAAUUGGGGGACUAUCAAGUAAGUAUUGCUCAGACUGACCAAGGGUUCACAAUACCAUAAAAUAAAGUUAUAACGUAACUAAAAAUAUUGCAAGCAAGAUGGCAAUAAUACUUGCCCUUAAAUUCUGUGGACAUUCUGGACCAAUUUAUUUUAUUGUCAAGUUUUUUAUGUUAUAUAAAUUUAAAUAGCAUGUUUUUUUUGGACUCAGUAGUGGAUGUUAUACCCUAUUGAUAGACAUAUGUUUGUGCUUAUUUUUAUAUUUCUAUAUUUUUAAUUACUACUAAUUAUUGCAUCACACUCAAUAUUAUUUCUCCCGACCAUUCUGCUAUAUUUUUAAUGUAAUGGAUAGGAUAUUUGGGAUUCUGCUGAUGUACCUACAAUAGAGGACAAAACAUAGUGCAAGUAUUGCUACACACUAUAAAACCAUUGAUGAAAAAAAUGCACUCACAUAUUCCAAAGAAUAUAAGCGUAUUCAGGGUGCCUCCCCCUAAAUAUGAAUGGGGGGGUUUAUUCUCCUUUAAUUCUCCCUCCUCAAGUGUUAGCCAAUAGAGUAUCCAGGUCAGCAAGAAGAUCCAAACAAUUGCAGCCAAAGGAAUACUUGAAAGGCGAUUUAUUCACUUUUAAAAUUCAAGAGGUGUAUAAAAAUACAUAAAAACAAUAUAAGAAAGAGAUGCUGGUCCUACGCGUUUCGUCCUUAUACAAAAAGGACUUCCUCAGGGACCUCUUUCAGCACAAAAUUCAAUCACCAGAAAUACAGAGAAUAAAAAACAGCAUCCUUUUUUUACGCGUUUCGUCCUUAUACAAAAAGGACUUCCUCAGGGACCUCUUUCAGCACAAAAUUCAAUCACCAGAAAUACAGAGAAUAAAAAACAGCAUCCUAAAAACGCUAACACAUGUAUAACCUUAUAUAGGGCUAAUCCCUUACAGUCAUUGGUGGAACAGUGGGUGUUUUCUCCUCUUUGACUCCUUAUUCGUCCAAAAUUCCUUGUCUCCAGCUGUGUUCGCUUGAUCAGAAUGAAAAAAGCCGGGCUCGUUCUGAAAUUGGCCACUUCCGCAUACGUCAUACGUUACAUUCGCAUCACGUGUUCCGUGAUUGUUCACAUGAUCCUUAUGCGUUCCACAUUCAGGAAGUAAAAUGAUAGCAGCUUGGAAAACAUCGUAUUUCUUUUGCCUACUAAUUGUACAUACAUAACUGGAAACAAAAAAACUAUUAGGAAUCAUAUAAGAAGAUUUGAAAAUUUAUAAUAAUUGUCCUCUAACAAUAAAACGCUAAAUCCAUUUUUACAAUGAAUGUGUAACAACUUCCUAUCCAAGUUGACCAUUCAUGACAUCUAUCAUAAUGUGAUCAAAAGUAUAUAUAUACAUAACAUUACAAAAAAAUCUCUUUUUUUUUAUUUUUUUUUUUUUAUUAUAUAUAUAAUGACAAUUGUAUAUUAGUGAUUCAUAUAUUCAUAUGUUGACAUUAGUGUCUAAUACAUCAACAUAGUGAGCAGACCUAUUAAAGUGCAUUGAUCUUUUUAAAGUGAUAUAAGUGAUAUUAUACUUAUUCACAAAUCUAUAUAUAUACUAAGGGACUUGAGAAUAUUUAUUUAUUAAUUAUUUCAUGCUCAAAAUACAUAUCCAUAUUGUGUAAACUAAAUGAUGAAAAAUAUUAUUCAUUAAUUAUUGCGUACUUAAUUACAUAUCCAUAUUAUGUGAAACAAAAAAUAAAGAAUAAUAAUUGACCAACCAUACACUCAAUGUCAUAUCCGAUUUAAAUAAAGCGACAUGAGUAGUAUAUGUUCAAUCUUAAAUAUAUCUUUAUGCUUUUAACAAUCAAUUGAAUCAAACGACAGUUAAUUCAAAAAACAAACAAUAUCCAUAUCCACAUUUAAUCCCCUUGGGGCAAGGGUACGUAACCUAUGAAUCCAAUAUGAUUCCCUUUGUGCCAAUCGCUUUUCUUUAUUGCCCCCUCACCAGUGGGGUUGAAUUUGUUCUAUCCCUAUACAACGUAGCCCUUUCAAAGAAAAAAGGGGACAAUUAUUGCAGUGGAGGGGGACUGAAUGGGUAUCUAGUUUUUUCUUUAUGUUGUUAAUAUGUUCCAAAAGUCGCACUUUUAGACAUCUCUUUGUACGACCAACAUAUUGGCUGCCGCAUGGACACUGAAGCAAAUACACAACGCAGUCCGAGCGGCAGCCAAUCUCUGAUUUAAUGGAAAACUGUUUCCCUGUAACGGAGCUACUAUAUGAUGUCACCUUAUCUGUGUUUACUUGAAAACAGGCUUUACAACUUUUACAACCCCGGAAACCUUUUGUCCCUUUUUUGAUAUUUUUAAAUCCACUUUUUAGAGCAUAACUAGGUGCUAAUAAGUUCUUGAGAUUUUGUUUUUUUCUAUAGAUUAUUUUCGGCCUUUUUGACAGAUGCUCCCCCAAAAUGGGGUCCUCUAACAAUAUUGGCCAAUAUUUCUGUAGACUUCUUUUAAUUCUUGGAUGAUCCACACUAUAUUGUGUGAAAAAAGCUUGUUUAAAGUCUUCCCCCUUUUUCUUAUUACUAGGGCCAUCCAUUAAAAACUCAUUUCUACUCCUUUUAGACAUCAUCUGGAUUUCCCUCCUAAUUUUCUUCGGGUUGUAGCCUUUUUUAACUAGUUUAUUGGCUACAUGUUGAGCCUGUAUCUGAAAAUCCUUAGUAUGGGAACAAUUCCUCCUCACUCGAGUAAGUUGUCCCUUAGUGAUCCCCUUCAACCAAGGUUGAUGGUGACAGCUACGUUUAUGAACAUAGCUGUUCCCAUCUGUUGGUUUAAAGAAACAUUUAGUUUUGAUCUCACUUCCCUCACUAAAAAGGGUGAGAUCCAAAAAAUUAAUUUCUCUACGGUCCCAUACUGGAGAAAACUUUAAAUUGUACUCAUUUUGAUUUAGAUAAUUGACAAAGGUCUUAAAAUCGGAGUCCGACCCCUUCCAAAUAAUAAUCACGUCGUCUAUAUACCGCCGCCAUAGGACCAGGUUCUCCACCCAGUCAUGACCCAACCAUACGCAGAGGUCUUCCCACCUGCGCAUGUAUAUGUUGGCAUAACUGGGGGCGAACCUGGUACCCAUGGCGGUGCCCACCAAUUGCAAAUAGAACGAUUGAUCAAAAAGAAAAUAAUUAUGUUCUAAUAUGAACUGGAUACCCCACAGGAUGAAGGACCUAAAACCUAUAGAAAUAUCUUUAUCUUGAUUUAGAUAGAAAGCAACUGCUUCCAGACCAAGAUUAUGACUAAUAACCGUAUACAACGAGGUCACAUCCAAUGUGGCCCAGCUGUAGUUCUCCUGCCAUUCCAGAUUUUCAAUUUCUUGCAAAAAAGAUUUUGUAUCCUUUGUAUAUGACAAUGCCAUUUGGGCAUAUUUUUGUAAAUAACAAUCCAGAAAGGCAGAAAGAUUUGCCGUGAUCGAUUCAAUGCCACUUAUUAUUGGGCGGCCUGGAGGACUUGUUAAAUUCUUAUGGAUUUUUGGAAUAAAAUAAAAAAUUGGAAUAACUGGGUAGGGGUUCCAAAGAUACUCAAAAUUACGUUUUGUAAUAAUAUUUUCAUUUCUGGCUUCUUCUAAAAGGGUUUUUAGUUCUCCAUUGAAGACCUGAGAAGGAUCAUUUUUGAGUUUUUUAUAGGUUUUACCAUCAGCUAAGAUAUUAGAAGCUUCUUGUCGGUAGUAUUGUUCUGACAUGAUGACUAUUGCUCCCCCCUUGUCCGCUUCUUUUAUAAUAAUGUCCUCCCUUGAGAUUAAAUUAUUUAAUGCUAAUUGCUCCCCCUUGGUCAGAUUUUGUACUUGAUCUCCUCCUUUUCUUUUCCUCUUACCUACCCAUUUCUCAAAGUCUUUUUCAACCAAAUUCUCAAAGGUCUCCAAAUGAGACCCUUUACUCUGCACUGGGAAAAACUUAGACUUGGGCUUAAAUUUUUUCUGUAUAUCAUUUAGCCCGUUUCCAUCUUUGUUUUCAAAAACUUUAUUUUCAAAAGGAAUGGGAAAUUUUAAGAAAUGUCUUGUAACUGUCAUAGAUCUGAUAAACUUUUUAAAAUCAAUAUAUAAUUGAAAAUCAUCUGCCUCUUGAUUGGGGGCAAAUUUCAUUCCCUUUUCUAAUAGUUGAAUCUCCUGUUCUGUUAAACUUGUGCCAGAUAAAUUAACAAUCCCCCUUUGUAAUUCAUCUCCUGAUAUUUCUAAUCUCUCCCUUGAUUUCUUUCCUGAUCCUCUGCCCGUUUCCUUUUCUGUGGGGAUUCCUUGUAUAGAUGAGAAAAACGAUUGGGAUGUUCCCACCUUUUUUCUCGUGGAUGGAAAUAAUUGGUGAUGGUUUUUUCUUUUGGGACUCUUGCUCUUUCCUGAAAAUUUUCAUUUUCCCUAGUCUCCAGAGGAUUUGCUUUUCUAAUUUCUUCCUUAUUUCUCACAACCUGUGCAUAAGUUUCAAAAUGUUUUUCAUAAUGUUUUUCCCUUCUAUAUGGGGGUUGUGUUAUACAAUCUGCAUCAUCAAAUUCAUUCCUAUCUAUCCUCCCCUCAAAACAUGCUUUUUCCCCUCUUUUUGAGUUUUUGUAUGGUAUAUCCCUUUCUCUUUCUGAAGGACUUUGUCCAAAAACCUUAGGCGAUCUUCCCCUACCUGGGGUUCUUCUCCUAGCCUCAAAUGAGGGAAAUCUUUUCCUAAAAUUAUAUUGAGAUUUCUUAUUUCUCUCUGGGGUUGUUCUUCUAAAAUUUCUGGAUGGAGUUCUAAUGAAUCUUCUUCUAAUAUUUGAUCUUCCUACUCUUUUGCGGGCAAUUUUAUUCUUUAUUGAAAAAUUAUUGUGAACCAUAUCAUCUUUGUCCCUUAGAUACUUAUUAUUCUUAGUAUCAGAGAUCUUUUCAUCUAGAUGUUGUAAUCUUUUAAAUAAGAUCUCCUCCCUUUCUUUAAACUCUACAUCUUCUCUAUUGCCAAUAUCUGUUUUAUCUAAAAGUACCAGAUCUUCCUCAAUCUUCAGGAUGCUGUUUUUUAUUCUCUGUAUUUCUGGUGAUUGAAUUUUGUGCUGAAAGAGGUCCCUGAGGAAGUCCUUUUUGUAUAAGGACGAAACGCGUAGGACCAGCAUCUCUUUCUUAUAUUGUUUUUAUGUAUUUUUAUACACCUCUUGAAUUUUAAAAGUGAAUAAAUCGCCUUUCAAGUAUUCCUUUGGCUGCAAUUGUUUGGAUCUUCUUGCUGACCUGGAUACUCUAUUGGCUAACACUUGAGGAGGGAGAAUUAAAGGAGAAUAAACCCCCCCAUUCAUAUUUAGGGGGAGGCACCCUGAAUACGCUUAUAUUCUUUGGAAUAUGUGAGUGCAUUUUUUUCAUCAAUGGUUUUAUAGUGUGUAGCAAUACUUGCACUAUGUUUUGUCCUCUAUUGUAGGUACAUCAGCAGAAUCCCAAAUAUCCUAUCCAUUACAUUGUUCUGCUAUAAGGUUAUUAGCUGGGAAAUAACCUUGGGAAGCUGUGUACUUUUCAGUUAAGUUGUUGUGUUUUAUCACUUUUCUCACGGGUGUCCGUGUUUUUGUUUGCUAUAUUUUUAGUUAGGUUAUAUCUUUACAGUUUCUCUCUCUGGCUGAUUAUUAAAAAAAAAUGAACCGUGGCCAAUUGCAACAAUUGAAACAAAACUCUGUCAAAACCUUUGACAAUAGUUCUUAAAAAGACUCUAUAGGCACCCAGACCACUUCAGUUCAUUCACCUUUGGUCCGGUAAAUGACGCUAGAUGUCCUCACGCUCUGCAUGAGGACAUCCAGCAUCAGAUUUUUCCCCAUAGGAAACCACUGAUUCAGUGCUUUCCUAUGGGGAGGUCUAAUGCGUGCGGCAUUCACCACGCAUGCGCACUAGCGCCCGCUCAAUGCAGGAUGUCAGAGGAGGCAAAGUUAAGGUAAGUAAAUAAUAACCUUUUAUUCAUCAGAGAGAGUGAGGGAGGUAAGGGAGGGGGCUGGCAGAGAGGAACUUAAAGGAAUCCUCAAUUAAUUCAAUUGAUUCCCUGUCUACAUUACUACUAUAAUAGGACCCCUAUCUGCAUUUUCCACUUACAUUGUCAGUGUCAAUAACUUGGACAACUAUGUGUUUGGUGAGACCAGCGGUUAUUCCAAGAAUUGGCACCCAUCUGGUUCCUUGAGAGAGGUGCAAAGUGUGUAAAUAUACAUAGUGUUCUACAUUAUGAAUUCAGUAACUCUAGACUAGACCUUGGCUUGCAAAUCUUAUCGCUGUCCCUGUGCUAGCAGAUAUGUGCAACUUUGACAAACAGAAAGUUUGUUUUUAUUUCCUCUGACAAACUGAUAUGGGAGAUCUGACUCACUGAAUUAUCUUACAGAAUUUAGCAAAUAAACAGGGUGCAUCGUAACACUUUUAUAAACCCAACAUACUUCCUUUUUAAACCACAACAGCUAUUUUCUACAUUUUGCACAGAAAACUACACCAGCUGCAGAACUUCCUCUAUAAGGGCGAAUCUCUGAUAUUCAGUUUUCACGGAAUCCUUUGCACUCCUAGUUGUUUUGCAUAUUGUUCAUGCCUUUGUGCUACCCAAACCACUAUUGCCUGUGUCACAAAAUAGACACAUAACAGGUGUUCUUUCAUAUUUAAGUACACUAAUCAAUAUCAGGAGGCAGUUUAUGUGACACUGGUGGUGUGUCCUGUAAUUUUAGUUUGUCUCAGUGAGGAUAUUUGCAGCAGAUAGAUUGGUUGACAUUGAUGUGAUGUGUGGGUUGGUACCUGAGUUUGAUGAAGAAAAACUGAAAUGGGUACAAUGAGUGCAGCCACACUGGAUACUUAUUAAAGAGCUGGUAACUUGUGCAGAUCAUUUAGACAUUUUCAGACCAGUACAUGUCCUCAGGAUUGCUGAAGGUACAGAGAAUUUACUUAACAGGUAUAAUCAAUGGCAGCUGGUGAAUUUUAAAGAUGGUGGGAUGCUAGAUUGUAUCGCUUGAAUUUGAGUCUGGAGGGGUGAAUACCUGCACUACUUGCACCUAAAGACCAGUUUUUACUGGGUGUAAUGCCUGAUAUACAGGAUCUGUUGUUUUGCUCCUUCAGUCUUUAAAGGACUGCUCCACACUUCCAUCCACCCCCCACAGUUUAGUAGACAUACCCCCAAUGAAUACAUGCAUGCAUAUUUUCAUGUAUGUAUUCAUUGGGAGUAUAGUUUAAGAGAGCUUACAAAAUCUGCAGUUCUUGUGAAAAAAUCUGCAUCCCCUUUUUUAUGGAAGAGACUUUCAGUCAAUUCACAGGGAAAUAUCUAAUCAGUGGCUUCUCGUUAAGAUGCCUCUGACUUGGUCCCUAGGUGCACACGCAAGCCAGAUCCUGGACGCGCAUGCACACGGUUCCAUGCACCUGUACCAGAUCGUGAACACGCACCCUCCUCGAGUACUCCAGUGGGGGUGGUGAAGAGAGUUGAAAGGAAUUAUAUUAUUUAAAAAAUAAAAUAAAAUGGAAUGAAAGGAUAGGCUUGGAGGGUCCAAUAGCAUAAAUGGGCUAUCUUUAUUGGAGACAAAAAAAAAUCAGUAACAUAAAACAGCUUUAAAAAAACACUAACACGUUUCUCCUGCAAAGAGGCUUUAUCAAAGUGUAACACUGAAUACAAAGUGAAACACUUUGAUAAAGCAUCUAUGAGGAGAUGCUGAUUGUCCAGCGGGGCAUUUGGCCCCACCCCUAGCCUGCCUUCUUGGCAAUCUCACCAAUCCAAUGCUUUCUUAUGGGAAAGCAGUGUGACUGGCUGAGAUAAUCAAUUCGGAUGAUGUAGGAAGCAGAUCGGGGCAGAGCCAUAUUCCGGUACUGGAAAUAAGGUGAGCUUUCACCCUAUUUAAAGGGGGCUAACUAUUGUUUUUAACUCUAUAGGAAUACAAAUUUGUGUUCUUGACCCUAUAGUGUUGCUUUAAUUCACUAUUUAUUGAAGACAGUACAACAUACAGUACAUCAGAAACAUGGCUUGUAUGACAAAAAUCAACUUGAGAGAACACUAUAGAUACAUUUAUGCAACAGUCAACCAUGUUGAUGAUAUAAGCCAAACGUCAGGCCUGUAACCAUGCUUUUUUAGAGAAAGGGCAGAUGUCUCUGUAUCUGCAAAUUUAUGGACUUACUGAAAAUAUAAAAAUGAGGGGAAAAAUGGAAAAUAUAACAUGAGUGGUAGGAGAUGGUAGAAAUGAAAAGGUUAGCAAACAGCCCAACCAGGUUUUGUGGUUUGGAUCUUUUCAGGUGUAUAUAAUUUUAAGAGAGUUUUAUUUGCAACUAGUUAGUAAAUAUUGGAUUUGAGCUAAAAUAAAUUUGGGUUACUGAAAUCAAUUUGAUAGAAGUCCUUGCAACACGAAACCAGUUGCUGUGCCACCCAUCAGCAUGCAUUUCUUUUAUCUUCCUCAUUAAAUAGGUAUCUUCUGGCAACUGUGCCACUUCUGAGUAUUUAUCGAGGUCACACGAUGGUCUGUCAGUCAAUGAUGCACACACAGCUGUUCAUUCCCUAUAAAUUAUACAAGACGACAGCUGGUCUCAGUCUAGGUGCCUUAAUAAUUAAGGACUCAUUUCCUCAAGUCUCAGAACUAGCAGCUUAUACCAAUAUGUGACACUGAUACAGUAAGGAGAGCAAAAAACAAGUCGCAAGAGAGUGCUGAGAAUGGACAACAGCUCAAUUAGCCUGCCCUUUGGUGGGUCCCCGCUCGGUUCUCAAGCUGGUUUUAGCUCAACUUGUGCCAUUACAGAGAGAAUUAGGCCAUACCUCUCAGACUGAUUCCACCCAAAAGGGCAGAACAGAUCCAAAAUACAGGCCAGCUCUCUCUGCACGAGAGAUACAGCAACCCCAUGCGUUGUCCGUUCUCAGCACUCUCUUGCGACUUGUUUUUUGCACUGAUACAGUUAGCUUAGGACAAAUGAGCACAUCCUGAUGCCAGCCGUACCCACCUACUUCAUGCUACACAAUAACUGCACAAAGCACAAACAAGGUCAAUUAUAUUUAUUGUGAGGCAUUAGAUGUAUUGUACUAUAAUACACGUUUAAAUUCUGCAGGAUUUAUUAGCUAGUUAAAUGCUGUUUGCCUGACAAGGCAAUGAAUAAAAGAUUAAAAGGAUUAAGUAAUAGUACUCCUUGUGUUCAGUCAUUUGUAUUUGUUUGUGAUUCUGUGCCAUAACGCUUUACAAAAAUUAAUAUAUAGUUUUAUUGAGCAAGCUACAUCUGAUUAGUAUUAAAUGUUUCUAUUAAAUAAGCAUAUCCAAGUAAUAUUUGCCAUAAACAUUCGCUUUAGAAACACUGCAAGAGCAUACCCCCAACAACAGGCUCUCAUGACCAUGGAUGCCGGUGAGCAGACCCGUGAAAUGUCCAAAGGGGAUGGACCCGCUAGGAAUGUAGGAUGUUCUACCUGAAGACCUGGGAGGCAAUGCUUGCCAGGCUGCUUGCCAAUCACAAAGGCCAGACCAUGAUGGCAGACUAUGCAGAGAUCACUAUUUAAGUGCAAUCUGCAUGGUCCUAUUGUCCUUAGUGUAGCGUGAGUGUGUCUAAUUUUAAAAGUGGGACACAAGGAAAUAAAAUUGGGACAUAGGGACUCAUUAUAUCUCAUGAUGAUUAGUCAAAUAUUUGUCCUUUAUUUGCUUCAGAUGUGCAGAUCUUGUUAAGUAGGUAUCUAAGCAUCAAGGAAAACAUUGGUCAAAGUCAGUGGAAUUCCAGAUUUACACUUUACUCCUAUAUAGUUGCUCUCACUUUUACAAAUGCUUAUCUAGUCUUGCCCAAUGUUUUGUGUCACUGUAGAAGAGGAAGAUGUGAAACAGUCACAGGAUGAAGCACCUCAGCUGAUGCGCACUAGGAGUGAUGUUGGAGUUCGCCGAAGGGGAAAUCUGCGUACACCAGGAGAGCAGAGACGCAUCAAACGUCAUCGUUUCUCCAUCAAUGGGCACUUCUACAACCACAAGGUGCAGGAUGGGUGCUGAAAUGGUUGUUUAACAUAUUUGUGAUUUAAACCCCAGCUUAUCUGAAGUGAAAACUAUAUGCAAGUAAAAAACAGACAAAAAACUGGGAUAGUUCAGAUCCUACCAAUCAGGGCCUAUCACUUUAGAUCCUAGGUAGAACCUACUUUAUGGGAUUCAAUCAACAAACUUUAAGUUGUUGUAAGUUGGCAACACAAUAUUAGAUAGGUGAAUUUGGAAUAAAGUUAAUUUACAGUAUAUUAAAUUAUGGUUUAAUUAACAACAUACUUUAGACUGAAUUAAAGAUUUGGGGGAGGAGGGGGAAACUGCAGUUAAUUUUGCACAGUCAGUUUAUCAUGAUUGACAAUGUUUUCAGUGAACAGAGAGCUGUGGACAGAUGACUUGAAUCGAGCAUUAUAAUUAAUUAAUUAAAUCAUUUCCAAAUCUGCUCUUCUGGACUAAAGUUUGCAGCUUCUGUGUCAAUGUGAAUAUUAAAUACCGUAUAUGGGAUCCCAGUAGCUGUCCAUGUUUAGUAAGCGGGUCAUGUGAAUAGACAAUUAAGAUUCCAAUCCAUUGAUUCUACUCCUGUCCUGUGGAGGGGGGUGAGGGGAUUUGAUAGCUGAAUAAAAAGAAACAUUUGGUUAAAAUAAAGAAUAUUCAGUGGCAGCAUUUAUUUAGUUGUCAGGAAAUGAAGAUUAUCUCAUACAGCCCCCCUAUAUCAUAGUAAUAUUAACCACUUCUGUUUGCGAAUAAUAAUCCUUUUAUACAGGUGUGAGGCUUGAGAAAGGUUAUGAAAUGUUGCUCUGUUGGUGACGUGUUCGAUAGAGAGUCCUGAUACGUAUGCUGGAGAUAUAGUGUGUGUGGGUGUUGAGGGGAGUGCCAGGGCACUCCUUACACCAUAAUCACUACAGCGUGUUAUGGUGAAUGUUGUAUUCCUUUAAUACUCAUUAUUAUAAAUAUUAAUGUACUGAUUUACUUGAGCUACUCUUUAACCUUUUGUUGUCUCAGACAUCAGUGUUUACUCCAGCGUAUGGAUCAAUAACCAAUGUCCGAAUAAACAGCGCCAUGUCCACACCUCAAGUACUCAAACUCCUCCUCAACAAAUUCAAGGUAAGAAAUAUUAAAAGAUAAUAAAAGGAGGCAUUAAGCUCUAACUAAAGAACAUGUUGCUUUAUGUAAUGUAUCCAAGGUUUCCUCUUGUAUGUAUCUAUCACAUUCCCUGUAUACAGAACUAGCUAUAUUGACAUUAGCCAGGUACCAACAGCUAAUCCGGUUUCCUCUCAUCUGAUUGGCUGGUUUUUCAAGCCAUGCUAUAGCCAGCUGCUACUAUAACGCUAGUUUUGGUAUAUGUUUUCUUCCUACAGGCAUGGUUUAACUGUAUGAAUAUCCAUAGCUUUAGUUGAAUUACAGCCCUAAGGCAAGCUGAGCAUCAUGCAGACUUUACUGGAGUUAUAAGCAUAACAUAUGGUUAACCCUCAUGGUUAAGGAAGAGACUUAUACUCAUAAAAUAUUAUCAUCAUCAUCAUUACAUUGUUACCGGUCAUCAUCACUACUUUGUUACCUAUCAUCAUCACUACAUUAUUACCUGUCAUCAUCACUACAUUGUUACCUGUCAUCAUCACUACAUUGUUACCUGUCAUCAUCACUACAUUAUUACCGGUCAUCUUCACUACAUUGUUACCAGUCAUCAUCACUACAUUGUUACCUGUCAUCAUCACUACAUUGUUACCUAUCAUCAUCACUACAUUGUUACCUGUCAUCAUGACUACAUUGUUACCUGUCAUCUCAUCACUACAUUAUUACUGGUCAUCUUCACUACAUUGUUACCAGUCAUCAUCACUACAUUGUUACCUGUCAUCAUCACUACAUUAUUACCUGUCAUCAUCACUACAUUGUUACCUGUCAUCAUCACUACAUUAUUACCUGUCAUCAUCACUACAUUGUUACCUGUCAUCAUCACUACAUUGUUACCUGUCAUCAUCACUACAUUGUUACCUGUCAUCUCAUCACUACAUUAUUACUGGUCAUCUUCACUACAUUGUUACCAGUCAUCAUCACUACAUUGUUACCUGUCAUCAUCACUACAUUGUUACCUGUCAUCACCAUUACAUUGUUACCUGUUAUCAUCACUACAUUAUUACCUGCCAUCAUCACUACAUUGUUACCUAUCAUCAUCACUACAUUAUAACCUGUCAUCAUCACUACAUUAUUACCUGUCAUCAUCACUACAUUGUUACCUGUCAUCAUCACUACAUUGUUACCUGUCAUCGCAUCACUACAUUAUUACUGGUCAUCUUCACUAUAUUGUUACCAGUCAUCAUCACUACAUUGUUACCUGUCAUCAUCACUACAUUGUUACCUGUCAUCAUCACUAUAUUAUUACCUGUCAUCAUCACUACAUUGUUACCUGUCAUCAUCACUACAUUGUUACCUAUCAUCAUCACUACAUUGUUACCUGUCAUCAUCACUACAUUGUUACCUGUCAUCUCAUCACUACAUUAUUACUGGUCAUCUUCACUACAUUGUUACCAGUCAUCAUCACUACAUUGUUACCUGUCAUCAUCACUACAUUAUUACCUGUCAUCAUCACUACAUUGUUACCUGUCAUCAUCACUACAUUAUUACCUGUCAUCAUCACUACAUUGUUACCUGUCAUCAUCACUACAUUGUUACCUGUCAUCAUCACUACAUUGUUACCUGUCAUCAUCACUACAUUAUUACCUGUCAUCAUCACUACAUUGUUACCUGUCAUCAUCACUACAUUGUUACCUGUCAUCAUCACUACAUUGUUACCUGUCAUCUCAUCACUACAUUAUUACUGGUCAUCUUCACUACAUUGUUACCAGUCAUCAUCACUACAUUGUUACCUGUCAUCAUCACUACAUUGUUACCUGUCAUCAUCACUACAUUAUUACCUGUCAUCAUCACUACAUUGUUACCUGUCAUCAUCACUACAUUGUUACCUGUCAUCUCAUCACUACAUUAUUACUGGUCAUCUUCACUACAUUGUUACCUGUCAUCAUCACUACAUUGUUACCUGUCAUCAUCACUACAUUGUUACCUGUCAUCAUCACUACAUUGUUACCUGUCAUCAUCACUACAUUGUUACCUGCCAUCCUCACUAUAUUGUUGGUAAACAAAAGUACAAGAUCUUUCUUGCCUGUUCACUAGAUCAUUAUGAAAAUGUAGGAUGUAUAAAGCUUCUCAGCCCUUACUAGGGAAAACAUACUAAAUAUAUUCUUCAUUAUUUUAGAUCGAGAAUUCUGCUGCAGAGUUUUCUCUCUAUAUGGUGCACACGAGUGGAGGUAAGUCCUGGGCAGCUUUACAACGAGUGGGGCUAUUACAUAACCAGGGAAAAUAUAAAUACAAUGGGCCCUUUGUUUCAGCUGAAUACACACACACACACGACUAAUUUUAUGGUACAGAUUGAUCUAGUCUAGAUUGGAAAUCUCAAUAGAAUACAUUUUAGUCACAUAUACCAAAUGCAUAGUAAAUAUACAACAACGAUGCAACAAACAGGAUUGUUUCAGGGGCUUUAUUUCACUGUAGGAUUACCAGUAUGGGAUUUAAUCAUGAAAAAAAAAUCAGUUGCCAAAAUAUCUAAAUUAGAAGAAAUAGUGUCCUUGACCUACUUUGGACUCGAUGUUGAAAUGCAAAGCUAAAUCUGUUGCUAAAUCAGUCUCUUUAAUCCAGCUGUUCCCCACUACAGCUACAGCAUAUUCUGUCUACUUGGAUACCCAAUACUUGGUUCAAAUUAGCCAUGUUAGUAAAAUGAUGGACAUGGGAAAAUGUUAAAACACAACAUUAUUGGCAUACAUUUUGCAGUUUGGUAAUGUGUUCUUUAAAAUUCACAUUCAAUUUAGUGACUGCAUAACAUUGGUGACACAUUCACAAACUGAAUUAUGAAUAAAAAAUGUAAAAUUCCAUAUUAUGCUCCAAAUCAUUGGGUUCAUAUUUGCUACCCAUGCCUAAAAUAUAAAUAUAUAUAUUUUUUAUAUUUAUUUUAUUUAUUCAAAAAUGUUUCCUUAUUUUCCAUGUAGAAGUGUUUUCACAAAAGGAUAUAUGCAUGUAAACAUGAAGAUCAACAUCAUAAAACAGCGUAUAUACAGACAUAUGACGCACUUCAGCAAAUUCCCCAAAAAAAAAAAACAGAGACAAAAAGAAAGAAUAUAUUUUGAGACUCGACAGGGAACAACCAGGGACUAACCACUUUUCAAAGUGUAGAAAAUUUGCAAGUCCAGGGUUACCAUGUUUUAGUCAAAUUCCUAUAAUGAGGAUAAAAAAUAGUGCUCAAUUCCAUCUUAUGUUGAAACUCUAUUUGUUCCAAUAUAUCAUGCCAAGCCGGAAGGGAAGGAGAUUUCCAUGCCCUAGCAAUAUUAAUUUUUACUGCAAAAAAAAUGUGGGUCAGGAGAUAUCUUUGGUUCUUAUCCUGUGUGGGGAAUCCCAUAUUAAACAAGAAUAGUUGAGGGGUAAUUUCUCUAAUAUCCUUAUAGAUAGAUUUUACUAAGUCUAGCAUUUGUGUUUUGAUGUUAUUAAGCACAGGGCAUUCCCACCAAAUAUGAUAGAUAUUACCCUCCUCAUACCCACAUCUCCAACAAUCUAUUUUAACACUCUUUGCAUGUUACCUGCUGGUAGAUGUCCUCAUCCCUUCCUCAUGGAAACAGGAACAAUGUAGUUGAGCUAAGCUGAAAAUGGUUUUCACCAAUAAUGGAAUCAUAGAAACAUAGAAACAUAGAAUGUGACGGCAGAUAAGAACCAUUCGGCCCAUCUAGUCUGCCCAAUUUUCCAAAAAAAUGCAAAGUAAAUUCAUGUAAAACCAAUCAAUUACAGUGCUGUAAGAAUAUGAAAUAUAUUUUAAAACUCUAAAGAACAAUAAAGGAAUCUUGUCUCUAUUCCUUCUCAUUCUCAGUAUUAUAAAAUUGUUAAUUAAUUAAAUCAGACACUAGAUGGCAGUAUUGUUUCCAUUAGUGUUGAGAAGAAUUCCGGUAGCUAUGCUAUAGAGCAGGGCUGUCCAACCUGCGGCCCCCCCAGAUGUUGCUGAACUACAACUCCCAUGAUUCUUUCAAUGAAACAGAUAGCCAGGGAAUCAUGGGAGUUGUAGUUCAGCAACAUCUGGGGGGCCGCAGGUUGGACAGUCCUGCUAUAGAGCAUGGGUCCUCAAACUCCGGCCCCCCAGAUGUUGCUGAACUACAACUCCCAUGAUUCUCUGGCUAUCUAUGUAAUUCAAAGAAUCAUGUGAGUUGUAGUUCAGCAACAUCUGGGGGCCGAGUUUGAGGACCCAUGCUAUAGAGCUACCAGUGAUAUAAACAUGAAUGGAGAAAGCAGGUGUAUAGAAUGGGGCAAUGUGGAAAACUUAUGAAAAAAAGAACAAAACACAUUUUUAAGGGGUCUAUUAUCUUAUUCACAUAGCUUUAAAACAAUGAUAUUUCUAUCAGAAGAAUGAAAUAAAAAACAAAGUAAAAAUAAACAAAGCCAUAAUAAAACUAGAGUAUAUAGUGGUAUAAUAUUACUUUUUGUUUGACCAUUUAUUUUUUCAUAAAUAAUCUGUGCGAUUUAAAGUAUGCCUUCUAACAGAUGCCCCCUUCACAUUUUUUUAGAGUUCUUACCCUUGUGGAUAUACUUUCUUAGUUGGUUUUAUGGUUGUAAUGUUUUUGAAUAUGCCUAAAAUAUCUCACCAUGUCACAUUAUUUCUAAUGCAGAGAAGUGGAAGCUAAAAGAUUGUGAUUAUCCUCUCAUUGCCCGUAUUCUGCAAGGACCCUGUGAGCAAGUGUCUAAGGUUUUCCUAAUGGAGAAGGACCAGGUGGAAGAAAUCACAUAUGAUGUAAGAUAUUUUCUUUCUCUAUUUGCUACCUGUAGACAUGUGAAAAUGUAUAUUUAUUUAUUUUCUUCUUUUCCACUGUGUCUAUUAUUUAGUGGAAUGCUCACAAAUCAGUAUGUUGGGGAGAUUUGUGAACCAAUUUCUAAGUUACCUGGGUUCACCCUGGUGCCUUCAGUGUGAAGUACCUAUUUCCACAUGAUUGACAUUAAUUCUACUCAUCUUUGGAUCAAAUUGGCUAAGAACCUUUUUUGAUGCUCACAGCUAAUACAUCCUGUCCAAAUAGGGACAAAUAAAAAAGAUUUCUAAUCCAGAACAGAAACGUCUGUCUUCAGUAUGUCUUAAGAGGUGGUCCAGACUAGAACUGUUUAACUACUUACUGUGGGAUACUGCCAGUGGCUCGGGCACCAUAGCCACUAUAGCAGAUAUAGUGCUCAUGAUGCUAAGAUUACCAAUUUAGAUUUACAAAGUCACCAGAAUGCACUAUAUAGUGAAAAGACCCCAUAUUGUUUAAAGUUAAAAAAAACCUUGAUCACAAUCGUGUAUAUUUUCCUUCCUUAGGUGGCACAAUAUAUAAAGUUUGAAAUGCCUGUUUUGAGCAGCUUUAUCCAAAAGCUAAAGGAGGAAGAAGACAGAGAGGUCACCAAGCUAACGAGAAGGUAAAGAAAUGCACUUUAACAGAUUUAACAGUGUGAUCCCUUAUAAACCAGUGACGAGCAAUGCUUUCACCACUAAAAUCACUCAGACCACUCAAUCUCAAUUACGUUGUCUGGGUGCAGUGGUCAUGUUUUUCUCCAACAAUAUAAAACAGGGAAGUUUUUUGACACAUUGCAAUUGUGAGGCUACACACCUCUAGUGGCUCUCUUCUUAACAGUCCCUAGAAUGUGGUGCGUCCUUGGGGAGAACUGAACCUGAAUAGGUUCUUCACUGAUAGAAGCACUUGAUAGCAGCACAUGCACGUUAAGUCUGCAAUGCUUCUCAAUGAGUAGCAAUUGAUUGGACAAAAUAGUCAUCAAACCUGAUGACCUCAGUGGAGGUGGACUGGGCUGCUCAGAAGAGUCUGCAUCAGCACUGGCUUGCAGGUAACAGGUUAACUGAAGAGUUUGUUUAAAAAUUGCACCUCCUUCCCAUAGUGUUCCUUUAAAGACCCUGUGCUGGCAUGGUUCUCGGUCAGCAUUAAUUGAGUAGGGUAUCAGUGGAUCAUAUAGUUAUGAAGAUGAUAUAGAGUCUAGACCAUAGUUGUCCUACAAUAAUAAAUGUAAGUUGGUAUCAAGUUAACAAUUAAUGCCAACAUAAUUCACUAGAAGUGAACUUAGUGCUGACUCCAGAACUCUCUGUAGCUAGACAUUUUUUUUUUUACAGAAAAUAUCCCAUGGGUUUACUACAUGACCUUUGUUUGCAUAUUCCUUUGAGGUUAGCUCAAUAGAAUAUUAUAGAACACGAUCUAUAUAACUCAAAGCAAUGUCAUGCUCAGAACUCAUAAAUCUUUUUUUUCAGCAGUUUGUUUGGGUAUUUAAUGCAUUCACAUUGAACUGAAGCUGGCAAAUUAUACAUGAAAGAAAUAAAAUUGUCCUACUCUGCAGAAUUAUAUCACAUCACUUACUAAACCCUUAGUUAGUUAUGUAAAUUGGAGUCAGAGAACUUGAUGAAUUUGCGAUUCAAAAUACAGCUUAGAUUUUCCCUAAUUAAAGGAACGCUAUAGUGCUAGGAAUACAAAACUCUGCCUCCCCUCCCUUGCGACACCCCAUCAGCAUAUGAAGGAUUAAAACCCCUUUUUUGACUUACCUGAUUCCAGCGCUGAGGACCCUCAUUGCGUGCACUUUCGGCCUCCUCUGACAUCAUUGCAAGGGAGGACCUAAUGUGUAUGUGCUCAUUAUGUGCGCAUGAGUGUUGAGCGCAUUAGGCCUUCCAUAUAGGAAAGCACUGUAUCAAUGAUCAAUGAUUUAGAAGACACAGCAAGUCAUAAUGAAAAGCUUGCGGACAUCCAGCAUAGUUUCACAGAAUCAAACUGCAGGAAGCACCUCUAUUGGCUGUCUGGUAGGCAGCCACUAGAGGCAGUCUUGUUUUUUAGAAACUGCAAUGUUUUACAUUGUAGGGUUAAGGGGACAGGGACAGUGCAUCCAUACCACUUCAAUGAUAUGCCUAUAGUGACUUUUUAGGUUUAUGUUGCAUUCAUGAAAAAUUCCCAUUUUUGUUCUGCAAAGUUAGAACCUAAUUCCCCAAAUUCUCCUUUAAUUGAACAUAUUACCCACAUGGAGGGUUAUGUAUAAAGAGCAAUGCAGGCACAAUCAGUAGGAUCAUUCCAUAGGUUUCCAUGGUGACUGCUUGAGGUUUAGGAUAUUGCACAGAAUUGCCUUUUAUACUUAACCCCUAGAAUUGGGUCACCAUUAUGUCAGUCACCGAUACAAAUGCUGUGGCAACAGCAGUUCUAACUCAGCUAUAAGACAGACUAGAAAACAAGGAAAAAGCACUCACAAAACAAAUACAGAUGCUCCAAUGCACAGUUUGAUGAUAUGGUAUCAAUGACAACGUUUGUGAACAUUGUCUAUGAAGAAAGUGGCAUCCUGCACACAUGCACACACUGAUCGUCAGGGCUACAGUGUGUGAGCUCUGUAGGACUGAAUUAUCUGUUUGAAAGCCUAUCAUCGCUCCAUUAUCUGACAACAGCAGCAAUGGUGUAAAUGAGGUGUGCUGAACAAAUGCUUUUAUAGUGAGUUGUGCUCAGCUGAGCCUUUGACUGUGCACAAAUACUGCUGGACUAUCUGCAUUAUCUACGGCCAGUGACAUAACUACAUGGGGCCAGUCCCAGUCUGGAAUAUGUUUAGGCUCCUUGCCAAAGGCAUUAAGGCAUUUUCUUGUGCUCUCUUGUUACCCCUAUGAAUCCAGGGACAAGCGAUGAGGCUAUAUUCAGUGCAGGUAAUCAUACCCACAUUAGGUUUGGCACAUGGGAAAUGUUCACACUCCCUCACAUAGCAUCAUAAGGAAUGAUGUGCAGAGUUCCCAGGAGCAUUAGGAGCCCUGAAUUCUUCCCACUAGCUGAUUUAUAUCAAUAUGUUUACAAUAGGUGCCAAUUAAUGGGAGCAUCUAAUUUAACAAGAGAAAACGUGAAACCAUGAUGUUUUUUUUUCUGUUAUAGUGAACCUAAAGCAAACUAUUCCCUCUGCAACAGAGCUCGGUUUGUCCUGAAAAAUGCCUCUGUAUGCAGAUUGCAUGAGUAUGAUCUGUGACCUUAAAACAAAAGCACAAUUUCUCACAGCACCAUUAAUUCUGCUUUGCAGGUAUACAGCUCUACGAGUAGUAAUCGAGCAGCUUUUACAUGAUAUGGCCCGCAGCCCUGCCACCAUGUAGCAAUCAGGUCUUCUUGGAUUCUCUGUAUCAGUAUUCCUGUGGGCUGCUGACAUCAUCCCUCUGUACUAAAACCAAAGGAGUUGACUGGGAAGGAUCUGCAUCUUUCUUAAAUAGUACAUAAAGCUUCACCUCUCUGCUUCCAGACCAAGAGGGUCCCGCAUUGCUCUGCCAGGUGUCCACUAAUACAUUUCCAAAGUUACUGGAAUGAGAAGCCCGUGGGACUCUAAGUAUUACAUAAGUGUUGCUAUGGCCAGCUUUUACAUUCCAACAGCAUUCGCUUUUGAACCUAAACGGUUUGUAAUAUUACAUUGGGUCCCCCAUAAAACGCUCUUAUUUGACCUAAACAACUGGACAAUUCCAUGAACUAACAAGAAUAAAAAAUUUAAGAUAAAGGCAAACUAGUAAAUUUAGAAGGAACAAGCACUUGAGAGAGGAACAAGAAAAUCCACGUAUGGGUCACUGGCGUGGUGACUUGACAAUGACUUAGUUAGGCGUACAGAGCAGGGUUAGAAAAAUCUUCAACUCCUUGGAACCAGAAACUUUUCCAUAUUUGCUACUACACCUUAAAUGUUGCAAGUUUGUUCCCACUUCGCUAUAAUUCACUGGAAAAGGAUGUGAGUUUUGAAAAAUGGUUCAAUUUGGCUAUUUUGAUCUAAAAUUUGCAAUUUCCAAGACAAUGCUUUUAGUGAAUAGAUCCUAAAUAAUUCUUAUGGCACCUUAGCUAUUUCAAAUGUGUUUGCUUCCCCCUCCAUAGUCACCUGUUAAUUAGUAGACAAGGACUAUGCGUAAUGACAGUCAUAUAUCACAGAAUUAGAAUUGAUGGGAUUGCUGGGUGCGAUGCAUAAAGACAGGUACGUUUUUGCUGUAGGAUAAAGAGCUUAUUUUUUUGCUAAGCACAACUUUUAAUGAAAAGUUUGAGAUAUUGUUUGUAAUAAAGAAAAAGAGAAAAGCACAAAGGUAAGUUGUUUUUUUAGAAAUGUGUAAGUAAGUUUUGGCAGAAGUGAAGCCAAAUAGUAUUAUAAUGUAUAGAAAAAUAACAAGGGUCUUUGAGAAAUAUUAACCGUUUCAUUGGCAGACGCU